GUGCCCGCUGCCUUCCCAGCUGCCGCCGCAUCCGCCUCCCGAGAGCGAACAGCUGCCCGGAGGCCGCGCCAGGCCCGCCCGCCCACCGCCCUCCACGCGCCGAGGCCCUGGGACUUGGCCACCAUCAGCGUCUUGGCGCUGGGUCUGCGGGGAGCAUGGCUGUGUGGGGACAGGGGCCCUGAAGACGGCAAGAUCUAAGCGGGCACUAAACUCAGAGCAGCCCGAAGAGCUAGCCCACAGCCAUGGCCGACAGAGGACUUAGGGGACGUCCUGAGGAACCCCCAAAGGACGGUGAACCGCGAAGCACCUCAGAAAAUCUGGGCCCGGAGCUGCCCGGGCCGGGGGAGGCCCCCCGUCCUCCCUGUGACAAGGCAGGCCGGGCCCAGGGCCUGGAAGACCCCCAGGCCUUUCCCUGUGAAGAGGUUGGCAGGGCUGAGGCACCCCCUGAACAAGCAGGGGACGCCCGUGCUGAGCUCCCCUCUGUCCAGGCGUCCCGGGAGACAGUGAGGCAACAGCGGCUGCCACCGGUAUCAGACUCUGAGAAGGAUUUGGGGAAAGAGUCGGCAACCUGCCCACCAGCCCAGAACACCCCAGCGCCGGCCAGCAUGGGGGGAGCAGCUCAGCCGGGGACCCCCAACCCUUAUCCCCUCCCGGGCUGCUCGGAGGUGGAGGAAAUAGGCCCCGUGAGCGGAGACCCAGAGCGCGGGGCAGGAGGUCCUGCUGGAACCAACGAUGCAGAACCCCCAAAGGAUGGUGAACCUCGAAGCACCUCAGAAAACCUGAGCCCAGAGCUGCCCGGGCCAGGGGAGGCCCCCCGUCCUCCCUGUGACAAGGCAGGCCGGGCCCAGGGCCUGGAAGACCCCCAGGCCUUUCCCUGUGAAGAGGUCGGCAGGGCCGAGGCACCCCCCGAGCGAGCAGGGGACCCCCCUGCUGAGGUGUCCGCUGCCCAGGUGUCCCAGGAGACAGUGAGGCAACGGCGGCUGCCACCGGUAUCAGAAGCUGAAGGUCAACGCCAAGAACCACAGCGACUGGAAGAACAGAGAGAAGGCGGGCCGGACACCGGGAGGAAGAUCAAUCUCCAGGGUAUUUUGAGAUGGGGCCUGUUCUGCUUCUCUGUGGCCCUGGUCGCCGUCGUUUCCCUCAACAGCUUCUACGCGUCUUCGGCCCAGCGGGCCGAGCGGAAGCCCGCCGUGGACGCCUUCCUGGCGCAGUUCAGCCGGCUGCCGGAGAGGUACCCGGGCCAGAGCCCCUACCUGUGGCAGAGGGGCCGCAGGUUCCUGCAGAAGCACCUCAACGCCUCCAGCCCCACUGAGCCGGCCACCCUGCUGCUGGCCGCCGCCCGCAACGGCCGCCAGACCCUCCGCUGUCUGGGCCGCCAGCUGGCCGACGCCUACACCGCCGCCCAGAACGUGGCGUCCAUCCGCCUGGACGGCGCGGCCCGUGGGGCGCAGGACAGCGACACGGUGAAGCUCUGGGUGGACCUGGAGCUGAGCCGGGGCUUCGAGGGCGGCCAGAAGGCGGCCGUGGUGCACGGGUUCGAGUCGCUGCCCGCCGGCGCCACCCUCAUCUUCUACAAGUACUGCGACCACGAGCACGCGGCCUUCAAGGACGUGGCGCUGGUGCUCACCGUCCUGCUGGACGACGAGGCUCUGGCGGCCGGCCUGGGCCCCCGGGAGACGGAGGAGAAGGUGCGAGACCUGCUCUGGGCGCGGUUCACCAAUGCCGGCGCGCCCAGCGCCCACAACCGCAUGGACGCUGACAAGCUGAGUGGGCUCUGGAGCCGCAUCUCGCACCUGGUCCUGCCAGUGCAGCCCGUGAUGGGCAUCGAGGAGCACGGCUGCCCCGGGGCCCUCAGCUAGACGGGGGGGCGGGGCGUGUGGGUAGGGGCGGGGCCCGGGGCGGGGCGUGUGGGUAGGGGCGGGGCGUGGGGGGCGGCACCCGGGAGCCUCAGACACGGGAGACGCAGCAGAACCGAGUCAGAAGCCCAUUGUUCAGCUGCAAACUCGCUCGCUCGCGUUCAGGGAACGCCCCCGCCCUGCCGCCCAGUUUCCCCUAAAACUCAGGUCGGCCCAGCGGACGGGCCCCCGGGAGGCUGUCAUCGCCCGGGGUGCACCCUCCUUGCCUUCGGGGCCGAUGGGGACCCUGGACAGAGCCAUUACAGGCCUGUCACCAACGCCAAGGCUGAUUUGGAGCAGGGGCUGGAGCGAGAGCACAGCGGGGAGGGCGUUGGCCUGGCACGCGGGCGACCCGGGUUCGAUUCCCAGCAUCCCAUAGGGUCCCCCGAGCACCGUCAGGGGUGAUUCCUGAGUGCAGAGCCAGGAGGAACCCCUGUGCGUCGCCGGGUGGGACCCAAAAAGAAAAAAAAAAUGUCUAGCACAUAGUAGGUGGCUUUUCAGAGGCACCUGGGUAACCUGCAGGGGGGAAGCAAUCGGCUGCUGAUUUGCACUUUUGAAUAAGGAGCUAGGAAGCCCUGUGUUUAACUGCACGCUCCCUCGGGACUGUGAUUGUAUUCCGUUCAUGAGCUAAGUUGGAAAUGCUGCUUAUUUGCAAGGAAUCUUCUAUUAUUUGGGGCGAGGGGGUGUUGAGGUACAUGGUCUUCCAAAAGCUUCACCCCAAACCCCCAGCAGGAAAUAAACAUUGGAGGACCAGAGUGAUAGCACAGCAGGGAGGGCAUUUGCCUUGCAUGCAGCCGACCCACGUUCGAUCCCCAGCAUCCCAUAGGGUUCCCCGAGCACCGCCAGGAGUGAUUCCUGAGUGCAGAUCCAGGAGUCAGCCCUGAGCAUCGCCGGGUGGGACCCAAAAAGCAAAGCAAAAAGAAUGUAGGAUUAUUUUAUAGAUGCACUAGUUUUGUUUCGCUUGGGGCCACACCUGGAAGUGCUCUGGGACUGCUCCUUUCUCUGUGCUCAGGAAUGGCCCCUGGCAGUACCAGGGACCCCCAACACCAGCGUGAUGACCCCUAGUACCAGAGUUGCCUUGAGAAAUGCCUGAGCUGACCCCGCCCCCUGCUGCUCUACCCCGACCCCAGAUCUGCGCCACUGAUCAAUUCAGAUCACAAUUGAAACAAAGAUUUCUAAUUUCUCUGUUCGAUUCAAGGUGGUUUUGCAUUUCAGUAUGAUUUAGAACAAUUUCAAAGAGCCAAUUUUUAAAAAGAUGUUUUCGCUUCUAUAAGCCUCCAGGGUUGGUCUAAUCCCAAGCGACAAUGUUCAGUAUUUCUGCUGCUACUUCCAAGUCAUUAAAAAAAAAAAGAAAAAAGCAGAAUAUUUACUCUGGGUCACCUUAGGAACAAGAUGAUUAUUUUUAAAGCCAAAUUUUAUAUUGUAUUUAAAUUUUUUUCAGAUCAUUAAAAUCUCACCUGAAUGUAUUCGUAGUUCCAUUUUCUGGUUUCAGAACCGUGGUCAAGUUUCUGCGUUUUCUCUUUUGCAUCUGUUUUUUUCUUCUUUAUUUCCUUUCUCUCUCCUCCCCGUCCCCCAAACUCCCUUUCUUUUGCUUCUAGUAGCUGAACUUUCGUGAGCAGAUGAAUUCGGCCUAUUACCUUAUACCAGCCCUUCUCAGCCAAUCAUUUUCAAGCUGAAUCCGGAAGUAAAUGUCUAUCUCUAUACUAAACACCUGGUUCACCAGAAUCUCAGCAUUUUCUCAUUCAGACAGUGAUUGGGGGUAUCCGUGCAUACACCAGUGCUUACUUGUUAUUGAGAAACUAGUUGCGUUCGUGCUCAAGUGAUAGAAAUUAUGUAUUGAGUGAUCUAGGGGCAGGGUGGGGGUCA